AUGGUCGAGAAGCGCCCAUAUCCCGGCGAUCAUGGCGAUGCGAACGGCGUCAAGCGCGCCAAACCCGCCGCCCCUACGAACGUGAACGACGUGCUUGCUGCAGCCAGGGCGAAGGCCGCUGCGCAGGCUGCUGCCAUCAACGCUCGAAUCUCAGCCAGCAAGCCCGGAUCGAAUGGAGCUUCUGCUUCUCCCACGCCUCCUCCGCCGGCGGCAGCGCCCGCCGAAGGCUUGGAUCGCCUAGCUGCCAUGAAAGCCCGUGUUGCCGCGCUUCGUCAAGCUUCUGAUGUUGGGCCCCGAUUCGCGACGACUUUAGGCAAUCGACGUACCGAAUCACCAUUACCCCCUAAAGCGCAAACCGCGCCAGUACAAGAAGAAAAGGCCGAAGCACAGAACCCGUAUUAUGAUCCUAAGGCUGCUCCAGUUGGAAAAGCAAGAGUUGCGCGGGGUCUUCUGUUCAACCAACGAGGCAAAUAUCUGGACCAGGCGUCGAAAUUGCGCGCACAGGGUCGAUUAGAGCAGAUCAAAGCCAUGCUAGCGAAGCAAUCACGCCAGGCCGGCUUAGAUGAGAAUAGCGAGCGAGGAUUUCUAGUGCAACAGCCCCCAGAUGUCGAGUGGUGGGACGAAGGUAUACUUGAGGACAAGACGUAUGACUGCAUUGACGACCCUUCGAAAAUUAAGAUUGACGGCGACGAUUCAAUCAUUACCUUAUACGUCCAGCAUCCUGUGCUCCUAAAAGCGCCGCAAGACCAAAGGCUAGUCGAAGUAAAACCCAUGUAUCUGACGUCCAAAGAGCAAGCUAAGCUCCGACGAAUGCGGCGUGCAGAAGAGCACAAAGAGCAGCAGGCGAAGAUUCGACUUGGCCUCGAGCCCCCACCCCCACCAAAGGUCAAACGUGGUAACAUGAUGCGUGUCAUGGGCGAACAAGCAAUCGCAGAUCCUACAGCCGUGGAGAUGCUCGUCGAAUCCCAGAUCCAGGAGAGGCAGGACAAGCACGAGCAGGCGAACGAAGAAAGGAAGUUGACGAAGGAACAGCGGCACGCGAAACUCGCCGAAAAUCAACAGAAGGACGCACAGAAAGGCGUGUACAUGUGCGCAUUCAAGAUCAACACCUUGGCAUUCAGCAAACACAGAUAUCAGAUUGAUAUCAAUGCCAAACAAAACGCCCUUACCGGUAUGACGAUAAUGAAUCCCACCAUGAAUCUAGUCAUUGUUGAAGGAGGGGUGCACUCUAUCCAGAAAUAUAAGAAGCUCAUGCUCCAACGUAUAAAAUGGACCGAGAAUGGCAAGCCAACCGAAAUCCAGGAGGAGAAACAAGCCGCCGACCCGCAAUGGAUGAAGUCGGUCGACGAGAAGGGAAACCUCAAGGACCUAUCCCAUAACAAAUGCACGCUUGUCUUCGAAGGUGAAGUCAAGCAGCGAGCAUUUCGAAAAUGGGUAGCCAAGAUGUGCGAGACCGAGGGUGAGGCCAAGGAGCUCCUCGGGAGGAGCAAGAUGGACAGCAUGUGGGCUCUUGCUAAGAGCUCGGACUAA